AUGAACUACUAUCAUAUUGCCUUAGCAACUGCCAUUCUCUUCAUUAUCCCUGAAAACUCUGAAAGUGUUUGCGUUACAAAACGAACAGAUUGGGGACAGUUUGGGUCAUUCUUCACUGAUCCUCUUUGUGAUGUUUGGUGCCGAAUGAGAAGAUGCGGUAAGGGCGUGUGCAGAGAAGACCCAGCGACAACGAACACAGCUAAUUGCGUUUGUGAGAAGUGUUAUAGAGAUGACAACGGAAAUGUUAUCUUCCCUGAGGAUGAUGGUUUCCAACAAUCGCGUCUGAACUUUGAUGGACCCAGAUCGUCGACGUCGUCUUCAUCGUCGUGGGCAAUGAAUCAACGGAAUGAGAACGAUUUAUAUCCCAGUCAAAACAGCUAUGAUUACGAUCGAAACUGA